AUGAUUAAGUUUCAAAGUUCAAAAGAUGCCUGCGGCUAUCCCGGAUCUCCAGCCCAUGCAAGCAUAGCAUUUUCUUCUGAGGUCAUCGGCCCAAGCACUGUGGCAACUUAUACCUGUGAUAGUGGCUUUGAACUAUUGGGACCAGCUCGAAGAGUGUGUGCUGCCAACGGCACAUGGAUACCGCUAGGCAUCCCUUUUUGUGUACUAAACGUUGCUGUGGGAAAAGCACCGAUGCAAUCGAGCCUUCUCGGUAAUGGGAUCCCACAGAAAGCGAUCGACGGAAGCACAAGUACCUUCUUUAAUGCAGAUACCUGUAGCACGACCCAGACUGAGCGUGCUCCUUGGUGGUAUGUUAAUCUGCUUGAGCCUUACAUGGUUCAAUUGGUAAGGCUUGACUUCGGAACAUCUUGCUGUUCUAAUAAUCGUCCAGCAACUAUUGUUGUUCGAGUUGGCAAUAAUCGACCUGAUUUGGGAGUGAAUCCGAUUUGCAAUAAAUACAAUGGAUUUAUUGAGGAAGGUCGUCCAUUGUUUUUGCCUUGCACAACCGCAAUGCCUGGUGCUUUUGUCAGCGUAUAUUUAGAAGACCCUCCCACAAAUCCUCUAUCGAUAUGUGAAGCAUUUGUUUAUACAGAUCAAGCAUUGCCGAUUGAACGCUGCCCUUCGUUCCGUGACCAGCCUUUGGGAAGUACCGCAACAUACAAUGGAAAAUGCUACAUUUUCUACAACAACCAGCCUCGCAACUUGCUUUCUGCUCGAAGAUUUUGCGAAAUUCGGGGAGGAAAUUUGAUUGAUGAAACUAGUCCAGCCUUGCAGGGUUUCCUCAGCUGGGAGCUCUUCAGAAGACACCGCAACGAUCCUAAUGGACAAUACUGGCUAGGAGCCGUCCGUGAUCCACGAGAUCCUAAUAAUUGGAAAUGGAUAAAUGGACAAGAUGUUUCUGUUUCGUUUUGGAAUGCCGUUGGCAACAAAGAAAACUGUUCCAGAUUUGAUGGCUCCAAAGGCUGGCUCUGGUCAGAAACUAAUUGCAAUUUGAAUCUCAACUUUAUUUGUCAACAUAAACCUGCAACUUGUGGUAAACCGGAAAGACCCGUCAAUUCAACAAUAAUUGCUCGAAACUUCGACAUCGGUACAGUCAUCGAAUACAGAUGUAAUCCAGGACAUCUACUCGUGGGACCGAACAUCCGAACUUGCUUGCCAUCUGGCUUUUUCAGCGAAUUUCCUCCAAAAUGCCGAUACCUUCAAUGUGGAUCUCCAGCUCGAAUAUCCAACGGAAGCUACAAGCUGAUUAACGGCACUCGUCAUUAUCUUAGUACUGUCCAAUAUUCCUGUGAUGAAGGGCACGUACUAGUUGGACGGGGAAGUCUGAUUUGUGAUGUUGACGAAAAAUGGAACGGACCUCCACCCAGAUGUGACCCCUUUUACUGCAGACAACCACCCCCCAUCCUCAACGGACAUUACGUAAUGUCUUCAAACACAACCGUGUAUGGAACUGUGACUAGGUACUAUUGUGAUGAAGGGUUCUUUUUGAAAGGCAAAGACACGAUUACGUGUGUUGCAAGUGGAUACUGGGAUGGAGAACCGCCGGUUUGCGUUGAUAAAGAGCCAACCAAAACAGUUUUGUUCACAAAUAAUGAAGAUAACCUACGAACUACUGUUAGAAUCCUACCAUCGUCAAUUCUAACACCUUCACUGCCAACAGUUAGUUCAAUAGAUUAUAAACCACCAACUACAUCAAGUUUUGAAUCAGUUGUGACGUACAUACCUCAAAGCGCAUUUCCCAAACUAUCGACUAUGAAGUCACAAGAACCACCAUAUGGUUCCAAGACAUCAGCGCCAACGAUUCAACCUACCCGAACAACACCUUCUGUGUAUAGUACGACAACUUCUACAUGGCCAAUUAAUGUUACCACUGACAAAAAUUUGCCAUCUUGGACGCCUCCACCUCUUGAAAUCAUUCCUGCAGAUGACUUGGAUGACCCGUUUAAUUAUCUAGAAGAGUCCCCAAGUAAUAGAAUACCUAAUUACGAGCAUCCACCUCAUAAUAAUAUACCGCAUUUAUAUCCCAGUCAACGUCAACCGGAAGGAACGCAUCCCACUCGUCAUAUGCCACCUGCUUUGUCUACACCAUCAGCUAAACCAUCACCAGACACACCAGUCACCACGGAAAAUGAAAGUAAAGGCAAUGAGAUCAAUAAUAUCUUUCAUCGGCACAAUAAAGGAAGUACAGUCAAGUAUGGACAUAAAAAUGAAGGAAAGGCUUUAAACAAUGCUCAAGCUAAGUUAAAUAUGGGAGGAAUAAUUGCUUUAGGAGUUUUUGGAGGUUUCAUAUUGCUGGCAAUAACAGUAACUCUUAUUCUGAUCUUCGUCCGACGGACUCGAAGUCAAAGAGCAUCUCGUCGGUCUCUUGAUACUACUACCAUUACUACCUAUGAUAGCAGUGGCAGUGGUGAACAUGGACUCCACAAGUUUUACAAGAGGGCAUGGGAAAACCUUCGUUAUGAUGGGAAAAGUUCUGCUCUACCCUGUAGCUUCGAGCGCCCGCAUUCCCCUGUAGUUCGUCAAGAGACUUUGGAUCAUCCAGGCAUCCGAAGCAACGGCAGAGGAACCAUCGAAGGCUUCAGGGAAGCAAGUGAAAUCACUGUUAACGAUGUAGCUGCACUUUAUGCACGUCCAGACAAGAGACAAGGAGGACCAUCUCGUAGUCAAUCGCAUGAACAUUUACGAGAAGAUAGUCCUUCAAACGAGAAAAAAGCCAUAAGAGAAUGGUAUAGCCAGCAACUAGGCCAUCAUUCUAGACGUGGAGCAUUUUAAAAGUACAUAAGUUGCCUCUUAUUUAUUAAAAACAGUGGUUAGGGCUUCUAAGACACAAACCAUUAGGAUUUUAAAAUUUAUCUUCUUUGUGUAAUUCUUGCCUAAAAAGUUGUGUUAUUCAUUUAGAGUCCUGAAAUGUGCAUCGUUUUAACAGCAGCAUAAAACAUUUUAAGAACUUUAAUAUGGUUUGCAUAUAUUUAUGUAAAUUUA